AUAAUGAAAUAAAAAUUAAUAAGUUACUUAUUACUCUGACGAUUACCUCCGAGUAUUAAUUAAUGACGAACAUGUUCCCAUCUGGUCGACCCACUGCUAGCGCUAGCGACUCUACUGAAGACAGUGCUCCAAGUUGGCUGCAUAAUCCCAGCUUUGACCAGAGUGCGAGCAGCUUCGACUGUAUUCAUCCCAGCGAACCACGCCCCCCUGAGCACACCACCUCUCAUAAACACAAACAACCUCCUACUAAACCUACUCAAGAUGUCUACACAAUUAAUGCCACUCAAGAUAAAAGCAACCUUCGUUAUGAUUCUCUAUACAGUGGACAUGUGAGUAGUUAUACUCGACAAUUCCCCGUAUUGGGCCUCAGCUCAGACCAAGCUAUCUCAUUGGACGAUGGACGAGGAAGAAGAGGAGGAAGGAACAAACGACACAAAGAAAAGUCCAAUAGAUAUUUCACGUCCCCUUCCCCAGCCAAGUGUGAGGAGAUGCUAUCAGUGUGUGGGUCUGAGGUAGUGAGCCUUGGUGAGGUAGUGAGCCUGUCUCCAUCUGAUGGACCCACUCAUGAGAGCUAUAGCACCACUGAUAGCAGGACGAGGGACUACAAUCAAGCUUUAGCUGCAGACCCUCACAAUGUUCAACUGUGGCUCAAGUUUAUUACUGCUCAACAUUCCUUAUGCAACGGUGUAAAGGAGGCAGCAAUGAACGAUAGGAAGAUGGCCAUAUUCGAGCGAGCCUUGUCUAGUAAUCCCAAGAGUGUUGAGUUGUUGUGUGGACACAUGCGACUAUUAGCUACUCUCAAGGAGCCCAACUUUGUGCUCAAGCGAUGGAAGGAAUUAGUAUUCAUCCAACCAAAUGUGCCACAACUUUGGAUGGGCUACAUCAACUUUUGUCAGAACGAUUUCACUAAUUUCUCUAGUGAAAGUGUUGGGUCUGUGUAUGGCAAGUGCCUCCACACCCUCUCCAUGAUCCAAGAAGGCACUCUCAAGUCCCACUCUCCUCUUCCCAACAGCCAACAAUGGACACUCCAUAUCUUCCAGUCAUAUUGUGAGUUCCUGAAGGGAUCUGGACACACGGAGAGAGGAGUAGCUGCUUACCAAGCCUUGUUGGAGCUCAACCUUUGCUCUCCAUCUCAUCUGCUGGCAGCACCUUUGGAGACACUACUCACUGAACUAGGCCACUUCUGGAGGAGCCACUCACCUAGACUGGGAGAGAGACAUGCUCGAGGCUGGACCAACCAACCACCUCAAGGUCCUCAGCUGGACAUAAAUCUGACCUCUGACCCCCCUCUGGAGGACGAUGAUGUUGACUUAGUGAGUGGUGUACCAGAGAAGGAGGCGUGGCUUAGACUGGAGGGUCAUAGAGGGGCGUGGCAUUUCCUGCCCUGGGUACAAGAGGAGGAUCCAUUGGACAGAGAGAGAAUCGUGUUCUUUGAGAGCAUACAGUCCAUAUUGUUUAGAGUGGAGAGCAAACAACUGAAACUGGAACUGGUUAUGAGAUUUCUGCAAUAUUUGGGUGCCCUAACGCCCACUCCAUAUACAGGGUAUGUUGUUGAGCCUGUACAGUUGUCGUCAAGUAUAGUGUCCGUGUUUAGCAGUCUGUUGUCUGAUGGUGUGAAUAUCGGCUCUAGUUUGAAUCCAUCCCCCCUUGCCUGUGAGAGUAUUGCUGAGUUAGUAGAGGUCCUAUCAGAGAGUCUACUACACAACCAGCAACCUCCUCCCACCCACUCUCUUGUGUAUGCCACCAUCUCUUACCUGUGUCAGCAAUGUCUGACCCACCUCUCCUCUUGUGAGCAUGCAGGCACACAGUUAGGUCUAGUCUGGACUGCUAACACACUCAAGGCAUCACAAGGAAACACAGCACUCAAGAAACUACCUCAGAAGGUCAUCAAAACGUUGUUAAAAACUCAACGGAAUAAUCUCGAGUUGUGGAGGUGUUGUGCACUAGUUGAGCAUUUGCUAGGUAAUGAUUGCCUGGCUGUAUUCCACACUUUAUUGGCUUCAUCUCUGACACCUCGAUUGGUUGCCACCCUGGUAGAGGUUACCAUGACUACAGCGGACCCCCCACAAGCGGCACUCAAUGCACUCCUGUGCCUGAGUGAGGGCACCUACACUACAGGUCCUGUAACACCUACACGAAUAUUGAGGGCCAACUUUUCACCACCCUCCAAUGGUUCACCUUUGAAUGUGUUGCACAGUGGUUUGUGUAAGGUGUAUUUUGAGUAUCUGACUGCAGGUUUGUCCCGUGCCUGUGCUACACUAGAGGAGCUGUGUUCUUGUCUGUGUGCCCACAGUGACCUACUACUAACCCUUCGAGUGCGGCAAGUGCGGUUGUGUCUUCAGUCUCCCCGCACUGAGCCCCGAUAUCUGAGAGGAGUGUUGGAGUCUGGGUUAGUUGUGUGUCCAGGUCAUCCUUGGUUGCUGGCUAACAAGCUCUUGUUGGAAGAGCAGGCCUUUAGUGUGGGCCGGCUACACAGAGGAGACCCUAGCUACGGAGGGGGACAACUGUUUGCUGUGCUGCAAGAGCUAAGACGAUUGGAGAGAAUGGCCACCCUGAGUGGUAGCAGCAAAGGAGCUCUGAGGAGGGCACUGGGCCUACUGGAGACUGCUGUGGGCCGGGCCCAACCAAUGGGCCUACUGGAGACUGCUGUGAGCCGGGCCCAACCAAUGGGCCUACUGGAGGCUGCUGGUACACAGCCACUGCUGUGGAGAGUCUAUCUUAUUGUACAGGCCCUGGUAGAUCCCAGCCAGUUGAUGGCACUGUUCUAUAGAGCCAUACAUGCCUGUCCCUGGUCUAAGGCUCUCUAUAUGGAGGGUGCUGCACUGCUACCAGGCAACCAACUCAAGCAAGUGUUGGAAGUCAUGGAGGACAAAGGCAUUCGAUUGAGAACACCUUUAGAAGAAGUACAACUGCUAUUAACUGAGUGACUACAUUUUUGUAUGCUUGGUUGCUUUUUCAUGUAUAUGUGACUCUGUUUGUUGCUAUGCUUUGUACAUGUAUCAUGUGAACUCAGCUAAA